ACGAGGCGUCUGCUCCACCACUGAACUGCAGACGAAGAAGACAUUUGGAUGUUUUGGAGGCAACAAAGCAGACAGCUAACAGUCAGCUAACUCGUCUCCAUGGAUACAGUUUCAAUACUCUCUCUCUAUAUAUAUUAUAUUGUAUUAACAGUUGUGAUUUAAUGGAGACCAAAGCGCCUUCUCUGCUGAAUGCGGUUCCUCCUUACGGACAUGUUAUAACCAGCGAGAAAUGGAGGAAUUCGUCCCUUAUUCAAAGCUUAAAGGGUGGAGGAGUGAAAAUCCUGUUUGAGAAUGAGCUCGGUGUCGCAGAUUUCCACCUGCCCAACAAAAGCUGCAUCCUGUACGUGUCCGAGUGCGACAUCAUAGCAGGAAACAGCUACAAGAGGAAACUGGUCCGCUACAGAAAUACCAGCAGCAGUUUCCAGGAGCUGGUGCUGGUGGAGAAGACGCGGCUCAGUGAGCAGAACUUCUCCGCCGUGCAGAAGUUUGUUGUGUUGGACCUGGGUUUGACUCUGCUGCCGGUCAGCGGGCAGA